AAGCGGCGGGACUGCGCAGACGCGAGGGCCGGGCCGAGAGGAGCGCACAUGAGGGUUAAACCCACCUGGAGCUGGUUCAAAAGUCAUGGCGGACGAAGUGGGAGAAGAAGCCGCCACAAUGAGCGAGGUGCAGCAAAAUGCAGAAGAUUCGGCAGAUCAGGCUGUAGCUGAACCUGGCAUGGAGACUGCGGCUGACCCUGGCAUGGAGACUGCAGCUGAACCUCGCAUGGAGACUGCUGCUGAACCUGGCAUGGAGGCUCCAUCUGAACCUGGCAUGGAGACUGCUGUUGAACCUGGCAUGGAAGCUCCAUCUGAACCACAGUUGGAGACAGCAGCUGAACCUGGCAUGGGGUCUCCUGAACCUGGUAUGGAGACUGCAGCUGAACCUGAUCUGGUGGCUGAAACUGAACUUGAUAUGCAGAUUGCAGCUGAACUCAUUGAGACUGCAGCUGAACCUGAUCUGGUGGCUGAAGCUGAACUUGACAUGCAGAUUGCAGCCGAUCUCAUUGAGACUGAAGCUGAACCUGAUCUGGUGGCUGAAGCUGAACUUGACAUGCAGAUUGCAGCUGAACUCAUUGAGACUGCAGCUGAACCUGAUCUGGUGGUGGAACCUGAACUUGACAUGCAGAUUGCAGCUGAAUUUAACAUUGAUGAACCUGGCACUGAGUACCCAGCUGCACUUGGCAUUGCAGAUGUAGCUGAGCCUGCCCUUGAAGAUGAUGCAUUACCAAGCAUUGAGUGGACAAUUGAACAGAAUUUACCUUCGAACGUUGAUGCCAUAUUUAGUCAAUUUCCUGAUGAUUUUCCGUCUGGAAUAAAAAUGUCAGUUAAUAAUUUAAUUGAUAAUAAUAUCAACAUGGCAAUAGCACUUUCAAAUGCUGAAAACAUAUUCAAAAAUGUUUAUGAAGACCCAUAUAAUCGAUCUGUGAAUUACAUGGAGAAACAUAAUAUUCUACAAGUAUUUCAGAAAAUAACCGAAGGUCUGGUGUUUGAAAGACCGAAUGAUCCUCUUCAGUUCAUGUUAAAUCAGGUGCAGUUGAUGAUUGCGUUACGUGACAAUGUCUGUGCUGCUGGCGAAGAGCUUGUAUUGGAAACUCUCAACAUUGAAAAGAGUAUUGAGAACUGAUUAGUGGUCCGAUUUUUAAUCAUUUUCUCUUGCUUCUUUUAAUAUCAUGAGCAAUGUAAUGUGUGAAGAGAAAACACAGCGAAUAAUGAUUACUCUAAAUUCAGUGGCUGGAUAAUAAAUGAUUUCACAGCAAAAAAANUACUCGGAAUGACUGCAAUCUGGAAAACGCCAAAAAAAAAUUGACUUUGGUUGUUCAGGCUGGUGUAGUGUUUACAACAUCAACAACAAGAUUACAUUUGUAUAGCGCGUUUCACGUCG